AUGGCCUACAGAAGAGACCCCCGAUUGCUCCCCACUCCCGACCGCGACCCCAAAACCAUGUAUAUGAAUGGGGACGCCCACAUGCGACACCUGCCGCCCAUGAUGACCUCGCCGCCUCCGCCUAAGAGAUACAAGUCAGAUACCCCGAGCGACACGGGUCACUCCAGGUAUUACUCGCACUCCGUCCCGAGUGAGCGAGCCAGUGAGCGAGCCCGGUCACGGCAAGCAUCCACAGCCAUGGACCUGUACACGUUGGUGGAUCGAGACCCGGUCGACAAUGACCCGCGGAGGAACUUCCGUUUUACCAGCAACGGCUCGGUUGCGACGCAAGCGUCUGUAGCGUCCAACGCAUCGCAGCAAUCCCGAUCGUCUCCUGUGGUAAUUUCGAAUCGCCCGAUCCCCGAAAAGUACCCCUGCCAUAAAGAGAACGGCCGGAGUUACCAUGGAUACCGCAAAGGAAUCUACCCGCUCCCAUGCGACGAGGAGGAACAAGACCGUCUCGAUAUCGUCCACAAAGUGGUGACCGUGGCCCGAGCUUCGGAUGGCUUGAUCUAUGCACCACACCCGAAAAAGUCCAAAGUUCUUGACCUGGGUUGUGGUACAGGCAUCUGGAGCAUCGAUGUCGCCAACAAGUACCCGGAUUCCUUUGUUGUUGGAGUCGACAUAGCUCCAAUUCAACCCACCAAUUUCCCCAAGAAUUGCGAUUUCUACGCCCCGUUCGACUUCGAGGCACCCUGGACUAUGGGAGAAGAUUCAUGGGACAUUAUCCACAUGCAGAUGGGAUGUGGGAGUGUCGUGAGCUGGCCCAGUCUCUACCGAAGAGUAUUCGACCACCUUCGACCGGGGGCCUGGUUUGAACAAGUGGAGAUCGAUUUCAAGCCACGCUGUGACGGCCCUUCCAUCAGUGACACCCAUCUGGCGCAUUGGUACAACAAGUUGAAGGAGGCCACCGAAGCCACGCAGCGGCCUCUGGCACAUAGCUCGCAAGAGACCAUCCGCAAUCUGCAGGAAGCUGGUUUCACCGAGAUCGACCACCAGCAGGUGGGCCUGCCGUUGAACCCAUGGCAUCACGAUGAACAUGAGAAGAAGGUUGCUCGUUGGUAUAACCUUGCCAUCUCUGAAAGUGUCCAGCCUCUCAGCUUGGCUCCUUUCAGUCGGGUUUUGGGUUACUCAAAAGAAAAGAUUGAUCAUCUUGCUGCCAAUGUCAAGCGGGAUGCAUUUGACAAGAAUAUCCACAGUUAUAACAUUUUGCACAUUUACCAAGCUCGGAAACCGGUUGCAACCUAA